ACGUUAUGGCUUGAAUGUCCCGUUCUGAAUGACAAAGAAAUACACAAAGCAAAUAUGUUAGACUGAAAUGUUGCUUCUUAUAGUAGCUGCUGAGAAAAGGUAAUCAGCUUAUUUGGGCAUGACUGCAGUUACGGUUUGGAGGCCUAUUAUGGGAUGGGAGCCUAUCUUAUACUACGCAUCCAUAUCAUAAUUGCGGUCAUGUUAUAGUCUAUAAGACAAUGCACAGCAAAUGCAAGACUAGUCUGAGGGCAGGUAAUCAGGUUAUGAUGUAAUUGGUGAGUAGCUAUCUGUGGAAUCUGACGUGCCAGGAGGAGAGGACAGUCACUUGUGUGACUGUGGCAGAAUUAUUACAGACAACAGAUUCACAGUUCCAUACCACAUUCCUUACAAAGGGCUUUAAUUAUGCAUUAGAUGCCAUAUUAUGUCAAUUUCCUCCAAGUAUUACAAUGGUCUUUACUCCAGUGUUACAAUGGUCUUUAGGGUGGCCUUCUACCUUCAUACUCUGUCUAUGAGUAGGGACUUGGUCUACAAUAAUACAGAGAUGUUGUGAGCCAAUUUGUAUUGACUAAGAAAUGUUUCCAACCUCCUGCUAAUUUGUUCUGAGCUGUCAGUUGGUACUUUAGAGAGAGGGGGAUGUGACUGUCCCUCUCUAAUGUCCCUUAGGAUAAGCUGGUAUAAUCAGGGAUGAAACUGGGGGGGAAACAAUUAACUUGAACUGAAUGCCCGAUGAUCUGACAGUGGUGAUUUGCUAGAGGGAUUUUUUGUUUGCUGUUAGGGGACCAUGGCUGCAACACUGCUUCCGUUUCUGAUGAAGAUAAAAAAUCGUAGUGAUGCUGUUCUCUCUUUACUUACAGAUACUAUGGAAGGAAGCAAUGGUAUCUGGCCCAGUCAGAAGCAACCAGGGGGUCUUGUCUGGUCGACACAGCCUGGACAACAGCCCACCCAACCCCAGGCCAUGCCCUGCUUUCCUGGGCAGCCCAGCACCCCCUGCUGGCCUGGUCCACAACCAUCCCAACCAGCCCCAGCUCCGGCUCAACCUCAGCCAAUGCCCUGUUUUCCUGGGCAGCCCAACACCCCCUGCUGGCCUGGGCAACAGCCAUCCCAACCAGCCCCAGCUCCAACCCAAAACUGGAACUGGCCUGGUCCGCAACCAUCCCAACCAGCCCCAGCUCCAUCCCUAAACUGGCCUGGUCCCCAACCACAACCAACCCAACCAGGCCCAGCUCCAUCCCUAAACUGGCCUGGUCCCCAACCACAACCACCCCAACCAGCCCCAGCCCAUCCCUGCCAGCCAUGCUGGCCUGGACCCCAUCCCCAGCCUCCCCAAUUCCAGCCUCAGCCUGCUCUGAUCCAAGCCCAGGCCCAGGGCCCCAGUCAGCCUAGUGUCCCAGGGUGGCCAGUCCCAGGCCUUAGCCCAAGCGUUAACCCAGGGUCUGGAUGGCCAUUAGGCCCUGGUCAGGACACAGAUGGCUUCACACCUGCUCCACAGUGGAAUCCGACACCAGCUGGACUGAGCGUUCCCUACAACCAGAACCUACAAAGAGGCAUCUACGACAAGAUGAUGAUCACCAUCAUGGGCCGGGUCAAACCAAAUGCUAAGCAGUUCACAGUCAACUUCCUGCGAGGUAAAGACAUCGCCUUCCACCUCAACUCUCGGUUCAAUGAGGGGGGCAAGCAGGCAGUGGUGAGGAACACCAAGGUGGGAGAGCACUGGGGGAAGGAGGAGAGGCACACACAGGGAGGCUUCCCCUUCAUGGCCGGACAGUCCUUCGAGAUGAAGAUUCUGGUUACGUCUGGGGAGUUCAAGGUGGCUGUGAACGAAGCUCAGCUGUUUGAGUUUAAACACCGCGUCAGAGAACUCAACCAGAUCGAUCGCAUCAACAUCCUCUAUGAUGUCAUCCUCAUCUCCAUCAACGUAGACACAAUACCAUGACACCCACACCCAUGACAUCAAUAUACAGUAUAUAACACCCAGCAUAGGCUACAUGCAUAACAUGGCAUCAAUCUGCAUUUGUCUUUGCACCUGUUUUAUGAUGAUGAUAACGAGCUGUACACUUAAACCACAUUAAUUCCCACUAACAAACACUCCGUCUGCAAACGUGUGUAAUGUUAAAGGCCUAAGAAUUCAACAAUGCCAUUUAAUUUUAAUUCUUAUUUCAUAUAACAAUUUUCUGUUGAAUGUCUAUAUAAAUAAACAUACUUUAUGACUUUGAACUGACUAAAUAUAUCAGUAGUUACAGAAGGUCUCUAUAUGAGAGGAUUCAGCAUCCUCAGCUGAUUCAGCGUUUUCAGAAUCUAACCAGGUUAACUUCUGCCACUCUAAAUAAGAAAAAACUGUUGUUUGAGUGUGGCGCUCACAACGCCAGGGUUGUGGGUUCGAUUCCCACGGGGGACCAGUAUGAAAAUGUAUGCGCUCACUACUGUAAGUCGCUCUGGAUAAGAGCGCCUG